AUGGCUCCCAACCGCGUCGUCGUCUCCAACAACUCCCGCCCCAGUAAGGGAUUCUUUAGCACCGUCUACGACGAGGCCACCAGCCCCGAGAACACCACCAUUGUCCGCAGCCUCCUGGUCUUCGGUGCCGGUGUCGCGUUCCUCCACAGCAGCCUCGGCGAGCUCCUCCUUCCUCCGUGA